AUGGACCCAUCUUUGUCUCCUCACACUAAAUCUCCAUUAGGUUAUCGGUCAAACCGUUCAUUUCCCAUUUCGUUUUCAUAGAUCCAAACCAACCACUUCCCCAUCCUAAAACCCCCCAUGUUUGGCCUUCUCUCCUCUCUAUAAUCAUCACUUUGUUCCUUCAUACUUGUCCCUGUCAACUGUCGAGACUUUUUCUUCAUAGAUUUUUUUGCUUUGAAUCAAUGGCUGGCAUGCUUCCCGGUGUUGAAUGUGCGAGAAGAAGACGGUUCCAUCAAAGCGGAGGCUUAUCUGAUUCGCCGACUGCGGCGGUAAUUGGCUUAACAAGGAGGUCAUCCUUUUGUUUGUAUACAAGCAACCAUGAAACUCACCAUACCUCAGUUUCUUCACAGUUAAAGCAAAGAAGCAUAUCAACUCAGACUUAUCAAGAUGAUAAGCUUGGAGGAGUAGCAAGAGAAGCAAGGGAAAGAUUAGAUGGAAGGCUGAGAUCACAGAGAAAAUCAGAAUCCAAAAGGCACAAGAGCAAAGAGAGUAUGAAGUGUGUGAUGGUUCAAGGGGAAUUGCAAAGUGAAGUGUACGGAGCAAAGAAGAGGUUCAGUUGGGGGAAGCUGAGUUGGAAGGCGAUGGAGCAGGAGGAGUGUGCGAUCUGCUUGGAAAGGUUCAAAGCCGGCGAGAGCCUGGUUCAUCCCCCGUGCGCGCAUCGGUUUCACUCGAGGUGCUUGGUCCCAUGGCUACAAAAUAAUGCUCACUGCCCAUGUUGCAGGAUGGGAAUACUACCUUAGCGUCCCCUAUAAAGUUUUUACUGGUUUUGGUACAGUUUUAUUGAAAUAGCAAGUGUUAUGCCUAAGAUGCACUAUGAUGAAUACCAGAUUGCAUGUAUCAUGUGUGUGAAAUCAGAAAUUAGAAAUAUGCAUGCUCUAAUCGGCAGCCUUUAUUAACUCUUGUAUAUUCUAGUUAUAGGCUUAUAGCUUCAUUAUUUCAAAUGGUACCAAUAGGUUUCUUUUCUUUCAA